AUGAGUCGACUCCUCCGCACCUUCACUCGCUCUGUUGGGACUUUUCGACCUUCUCUGCCAGUUCAAUCUGCAUCAAUUGGACACAAGGUCGCCAUGGCUCAUUUAUCUACCCCAUCCAGCGGUCAGACCAGCUGGCACGGCGCCGGCGCCGCGGAAUUCGAUCUCAGGAGUGAUACAAUGACCAAGCCCACGCCAUCUAUGCUCAACGCGAUCUGCGAAACCACCCUCCUGGACGAUGUCUUCGGCGAGGACCCGACCACCAACGACCUCCAGAGCUACGUUGCUCAAAGAACACAUCACGAGGAUUCGCUGCUAGUCCUUUCGGGGACUAUGGGAAACCAGGUCGCUAUCCGCUCGCAUCUAGCCCAGCCCCCGUAUUCUGUCCUGUGCGAUCAUCGAGCUCACAUAAUCUGUUACGAGGCUGGUGGUGUCAGCGCUUGGACCGGAGCCACGGUGCAGACCGUGGUGCCGAAAAACGGUAUUCACCUGACUCUGGAGGAUAUCCAGAAGCAUGCUGUGCUCGACGACGACAUCCACCACUGUCCCACCAAAUUGAUCAGCUUGGAGAAUACACUCAACGGGAUGGUUAUGCCGUUGGCUGAGGCUCGUCGGAUCGUCGAAUGGGCACAUGCUAAUGAUAUCAAGGUACACUUGGAUGGUGCGAGACUGUGGGAAGCUGUUGUCUCUGGCGCUGGUAGUCUGUCCGACUACACGAGUCUGUUUGAUAGCGUUAGCCUGUGCUUUUCCAAGGGCCUGGGCGCACCGGUCGGAAGCAUUCUUGUGGGUUCUGCGGCAUUCAUCAAGAAGGCUCGCUGGUUCCGCAAGUCUAUUGGUGGCGGUGCCCGUCAAACGGGUGUGUUUGCGUCUGCAGCUAGGAUAGCCCUGGACGAGACUUUUGGAACCGACCCUCAGGGCAAGACGGGCCACCUUCUGGCGACUCAUAUUAAAGCGAAGCAUAUUGCGGAUCUGUGGACCAGCCGUGGAGGUAAGCUGGAGUUCCCUGUGCACACUAACAUGGUAUGGCUUGAUCUGGAGGCCUCUGGGGUGGGCCCCAAUGAUCUUGCUGUGAUCGGUAAGGAGAAAGGGUUAAAGUUAUCUGGAGGACGAGUGGUGGUUCACUACCAGGUUUCCGACGAGGCCAUUUCGCGCCUCGAGCAGGUCUUUGACAUUGCGAUGCAGGGGAGCUAUCAACGCAGUGAAGACCAGAGCAAGCCAUAUGGCAGUAGUAAGCCAUAA